AUGGGUUGCACACCUUCACACAGUGACAGUGUAAACACCGCUGCAAAGAGUAGCAUUCAGUUUUUGAAAACGCCUAAAGUGACUUUGCCAGGACAUCAGAAGAGCAGGACAAGGGCUUCUGUCCCUUUGCUGGUUAAAAGUCCUGCCUGCUAUGAUACUGUGGGGAGCCUGCCCCAGGGACAGAGGCUGAUGGAGGAGCUGUCAAGUUCCAGAAGGACUCAAACCGUGGCUGAAGGACUUCGUCAGCUCAUGGGAGAUAUGCAAGGACUGAUGCCAGAGACCCAAACUUCCCACAUGGCUGAAGACACUGCAUUCACCACAGUAGGCUCCCAUGGGAUACAAGAGGUAGCCUUUCCCAGGAAAGAGAGUGUGCAAAGUGUUACCCAGGAGACCUCCAAACCAGGUCAAACUGCCGUGCCUGCUCCAGGAUCAGCAGGCAAAGUGGACUUCCCUGAGCCCCUGGUCAGGGCUCACCAGCAUGCUUACACUUACCUGCACUCCAGCCUCUCCAAGUACGAAGCAAUCGUGCACCUCACCCAGCAGACCACCCAGACCCGGGAGCUGCUGCAGCCCAUGCUCCGCUUCCUGCUGCUGUGCUUUGAGGAGGUGAGCCAGCUCUUGGGGGAGAUCUCUAGGGAUGGAGAAGCGCUCCUCCAGGAGGUUAAGGACAAUCUGGUUUGGCCAUUGAGGAAAGGAGAUCCCCAGGAGCAGCCAGACCUCCUGCAACAGCUCCUGCAGUACACAGUCAGCAAGCUACAGGUGCUCCACGGCACAGUGGCCACCCUCACAGGCAGCUUACUAGAGGGCUCCAGUGGUUACCUCUACUCCACUGCAAGCCACUUGAAAAACAAGCUGAGCGUGAAAAGGGGCAUGGAGGAACGUCUCCUAAGGACACUGGUGCAGCUGGAGAACUUCACAGGUGAAGGCCGUGGUGACCCCAGGCCACAAGAUCUACCCUUGUGCUCUGAGGACAGUGGCAUCAGUGCUGACAAUGAGUCCGUGCCAUCCAUGGACAAGCUCACAUCAGAGCCCACAGAACUGAAACGGAAGGCUUCACCCCAAAUGGUGGCCAGUCUGUCAGGACAGGCCUGGCAGCAAGGUCCAUUCUGGAGAGGUCUGGACAGAGUGCAGGACUGCCCACUAUCAAGGCCUCCCAUGACAAAGGUUCAACCAGCAACACAGGGUGAAGUAAGGAGGCCAUGCGCCCCCAGCACAGGCCCAGAGAGGACUUCCUCUAAGUCUUUGGUGGUGGGCAACAGCAUGCCUUGUGACUCUCUGCAGAUUGCAGCCCCCACAAAAGCACAUCUCCCUAAAAGCUCCAGGCUGAUGGCUACUCCAUCCCUCAGUGACAGUGAGGACAGCAGCCCAGAGGAGGAGGACAAAGAAGUUAGCAGCAUGAGUUUGUGCACAGAGCAGGAAAGAGCCCCACAUUCAAGGCCCCAGUCUUCCCCUUCUGAUAGGGAAAGCCUCUUUCAGCCACGCUCCAGGAAGCUUAGGAGCCCCCAGGCCCGGGAGAUGACUCUGAAGAUGAAGGAAGCCAUCAGUGAAAGGAUCAAGUUUGUCCCUAUCCCCUCUGGACAUCAAGACUGGGCUGAGGAAGAGGACAGAAGGUCAACAGUCCCACCAAGACCUAGCACGGUCAGCAGCAGCAGGAGGGCCCCCGAGAGGCAGAGGAGGUCCCAGUCAGAGGGGUGUCUUAAGAGCCCUGAGGAGGACCCCACUCUCCAGGAGCUGCAGAGGGUGCAGAGAGAUCUCAGUCAGAGGCUGGAAGUGUUUUAUGCCAUGGAUGCCAAACGGCAGGGCCAGAACAAGGAGCAGAUUCUGCAAGCCAGGCCAGCAGCUCCGAGGCUCCCCAGCACCUACAGGGUGAGCCCGAGCACCCCCAGCAGCAAGCUCAAGGCAUCCCUCACCAAGGACUUCAGCAUCUUGCCCAGUCAGGACAAGAACAUCUGGCAGAGACGCAGUGCCCACCCUGAAGGUGAACAGCCCUGGCAGGGAAACACUGAGAAGCUGCCAGGUGCCGUCCCAUCAAGUGAGAAGGACAGCGAGGCUUCCGGAGCCAAGGACUGGCUCAUCAGGGGAUAUCCCACCAGAACAUCAGUCAAAAAACUUAUUGAAACUUUCAGUUCUGCUGAGAGCAUGAGGACACCAGGGGACGCUAAGAACUCGGGGUCAAGCCCCUGUCGCAGGAGGUGGGGGGUCCCCAUCAUGCCUCCUAGAUUUCCCAUUUACAGGGGGCUUGCUCCUUUGUAUCCCAAGCCCCAAAUUUCCCCAGCAGUGGGUAGCAACUAUCUCAAAGCAGACAUGGGCUGGAGACCAUUGGUGCCUGGCUUUCCUGCUUUCUCCACAGCAGAAGCAUCUAAGAGUGAGAACACACAUUGUGCAGCAGAGGGGGACCCAGAGCAACUCCCUCCACCACCUCUGGAAAUCCUGAUGGAUAAGUCAUUCACUUCUCUGGAGCCUCCAGAAGCCUGCAACCCAGCAGGAAGCUCCCCGGCAGGGACACCAGCGCCAGCACUGGAAAGGUUUGGUCCUACCAGAGUAACGUGGGCUUCCUCAAAGCUGAGAGCCUCCAUGGAGCCCAUGGACUUGCUGCCCAGCAAGGGCACUGCCAGUUCCACCAAGCUGCAUAGCACAGGGCUAGCAAGCACCAAGAGCGGCAGCAAUCCCAGGAAGCUUGCCUUGGAGCCCAGCCUCCCACCAGCAGCCAGCAGAGACUCAGAGCAGAAGGGCAAGGCUAGGAGUCAGGCCCAAGCAGCCAAGGCCACGAGCCCCUCCAAGCAUCCCCAGAAGACAGUUGCCUGGCACCACACCAGCCUUUCAUCUGGGAAAACCAGGACCUCAGAACCCAGCCUGGCCAGAGUCACAAGAAGAACUCAUUCUACACAGGCCUCCAGGCUGAGCCGAGAGAGAAGUCCCCCCAUGGUCAGCAAGGCCUCUCCCACAAAGGCACACUGGGUGCCCCAAGCAGACAGGAGACUGCACGGCCCACCCUCCUCCCAGGGACUUGCCCAGCCAAAUCUCCCGUCUGUGAUCAGCUCCCCCAGCCCACCAGCCAGCCCUGGAGCUCCCAGCCCACCCGUGAACCCCAAGGUGCUGAGUCCAGCACCAGCAAAGAAGGGACCUUUGCCACGCCAACACAAGUCUCCUAGCCCACCUCCAGGGAGCUCUCCUGCCAAGCACAAGGAAGCAAGCUCCCCCUCCUCUGUUUCCUCCACGUCCCUACCAGUGUCCACAUCACAGGAGCAGGACGAGACCAGAGACUCUGACAACAGUCAAGGUUCCUCAGCCAAGGUAUCUGCCACAUUCUGCCCAGCCACAUCAUCUCUGUUUGAAGCUAAAUCACCAUUCUCAACAGCUUGCCCACUGACCCCACAGUCACUGCCACCAGAGCCUGGGGCCCCUCUGGGGGCCCAAGCAGUAUGCUGGAGAAGCAGUUCCAGGUCAUGGAUGAGAGCAGAUUCACAGCAGAGAAUGGCCCUGUGUUCCCUCAAUCCCCUGCCUUUCGUCAAAAGGACAGCUCCCCACCACCAGCUAGGCAUCCAACUUCAGCUGCCUGGUUCCAACCCCACCGGUGCCUCUUGGGAAUCCCAGCCCAGCCAAAGCAGCAGCAGCAAGGACAGCCCCACGCAGGAUGUGGCACCUUGGAGCAGCCCCUGUGCCCCAGAACUGCAGGGCAGUGGCAGCAGACAGGCUUCUCCCCCAGACCUCUGCGUGCUUGGCCACGGGCUGCAGCCAGAGGCCCGCAUCAGCCAUGCCCAGGACAAAUCUUAG